AUGGCAACCCAUAGCGAUCAGAUUCCUAAGGAUUUUGUAUUGGAAAUUCUAGCAAAAUUACCUGUUAAGUCUUUGAAGCGAUUUAGUUGCGUGCAUAAGUCUUGGCUAAAUUUAUUUGAGAAUUCUAAUUUUAAGAGCAUGUACUACGAGAAUUUAAAAUCUAAAACUACUCACUCAUCGUCUCUCCUUCUAUGGAGAUAUUUUGAUGACGAAAGAAGUGAUGGAGACGUCUAUGAAAAUGAUGUGCAUUUGCUUUCUGGAGAAAGGUACGAAAACAUAGUUACGUUAGUUUUGCCAAGUCUGUUUGAAGAAAAUGGUUUUUAUAGAGUUUUAGAUUGUGUUAAUGGUAUCAUAUGUCACUAUGAAGAAGAAGGUCUUGAUGUAAAAAUAGGACUUUGGAACCCCAAAACCGACCAGCAUAAAAUUAUUCCUCCGGGUAUUACUGAUGAUGAGCCCGGCUUUGAUCGGCAAGUAAGUAUUCAUGGAUUUGGUUAUGAUAAUGUGAAUGAUGAUUAUAAAGUGAUUCAAUGUGUAUAUUAUAUUCAUGGUCAUACUUUUGUAGAAGAGCCUGUUCUAACAAUUUGGCAAAUUUAUAGUCUAAAAAGUAAUUGUUGGAAGAAACUUGAUCUUGAAAUGACUAAGAAGGAACAUAUAUAUAAUGCUUCUGUAGCGUACUUGAAUGGAGUAUGCCACUGGUGGGGUAGCGAGCAUGCUACUAAUGGACUCGAAGAAGAACAAGUACUUGUGUCAUUUAAUCUCAGCACUGAAAUGUUUCAAACCACAUCAAUUGUUUGGCUGCAAAAAAAUGAUGAUAGACCUAUCAGAAGUUUGGUAGUGCUCAACAAAUCUGUUACUCUGAUUUCCUCUUUUGCUAAGAAUAAUUGCAUUGAAAUAUCUAUUUUGGGUGAAAUUGGUGUGAAAGAAUCUUGGUUGAAAUUGAUUUGA